CAUCACUACACGUACAACGCACAAGUAGUUUCAGUGUGCUCGUCGUCCCAUUUGUCCGUCGUCCACGUCAAUACAAGUCUCGCCUUCGUCACGUUGCAAAAAAUCUCGCCUUCGUCAAUACAAGUCACUCGCUCUUGCAUGUUCUGUAUUUUUCAUGUCCGCCUUCUUCGGCAACAGCUCGCAGCGUGGCGUCUGCUGUUGCUGAAGCGGCAUUUGUAGACCAACCUCAUGCAAGAACGUGUUGUAUUUGCGAUGGGAGAUUUUUUGCAUGGUCCAUACGAAAAGUUCGAAAAGGUUCCGGAG